AUGAAGACGUAUUGUAUGUUAUCGUGGCUCUUGGUUUUAAUCUCAUGUCAGAGUACGAUAUCUUUUAAAAUAGACGACAGUGAUGAAGUCGGUAGUGAGAACACAUUUCUGUAUUUUGCUUACGGCAGCAACCUUCUAGCAAAAAGGAUACACAUCAAGAAUCCUUCCGCCAAAUUCUUUUCCAUUGCACAGUUACCGAAUUACAGGUUGGAUUUUGAAAAUAUCAACAAUAGCUAUUGGAAUGGGGCCGCGGCUACUAUCGUUGAGGAAUCAGACAGCGUCGUAUGGGGAGCUCUGUGGACCCUAGACGUAAAAGAUAUUCCUCACUUAGACGAGCAAGAAGGAGUAAAUGUAGGUCUGUAUCGGGUAAGAAAUGUAUCAGUUCAUACUCCCGAUGGAAACACCCUGACCGCACGAACCUAUCAGAUCACUGUGGAUCCACCGAAAGUACAAGUUAAAGACAUGCCUCUAGAACGACAACCAUCAAACACAUAUAUGGAGGUUAUAGUACGUGGCGCUUUUGAAUGUUUGUUGCCAAUGAAAUACAUUGGAUAUCUAGUUACAUUUCCUACGAAUGGAAAACUAGCACGAUCAGACGUAUUGCAACUGCUUGGAAGCCCGUUUACUGAAGAAGCUGAAGAAACAUGA